GCUGUCAAACAUGCGUUGCACGCGAACGGCGGUAAUGCAAAACCAAACAAACAAUCAGGAACCUCAGCAGUGCUAGGAACACAAUAUCAGUGUGUUGUUCUAAUUCACAUCAGCUGAUAACGAGUGAACGGGCCAGUUGGUGUGGCUUUACAAUACCAAUUCAUCUCUUGCCAAAGCAAAGAAUCAGCACUGAGCAAAACGCGCAAUUCAGGAUUGUCCAGCUAUUCACGGAUUAAUACUUACUGGCUAGUAGCACACUUGCUGUAAAGAGUCAUUCAUAAGAUGAGUCAACCAAGAAAGGUAAUUAUCGAUCUUGAUGUCGGUACGGAUGAUGCAUGGGCCCUGUGGAUGCUGCUGAAAGGUGAAAAAUCGUCCGGCUACGAGGUGAUCGCGAUCACGUGCGUGAAUGGCAAUACAGACGUGGAUAACGUGGUGGAAAACACGCUCACCUUAUUGACUGCGAUCGGUCGUACUGAUGUGCCAGUAUUCCGUGGUGCCCAGGAACCGUUAAUACUUCCAGCAGAAAAGAAAGACGUUAGUAACUUUCACGGUGUAAAUGGGCUCGGUGACAUUCAGUUCGGGCUCGAGGUCAACCGAACACCGUUGCAACAGGAACAUGCGGUUGAUGCAUUGAAACGACUGAUUACACUACACAAAGGACAGGUGGAUCUGAUCUUUAUCGGUCCGCUUACAAAUCUGGCGCUUGCUAUGAAGCUUCACCCGGGGUUGCUGAAGACGGCUGGACAUCUUUACAUCAUGGGUGGCAAUCGGCAUGGUGUAGGCAACGUAACGUGGUCGGCUGAGUUCAACUUUCAUACCGAUCCCGAGGCAGCACAAAUCGUUCUUCACAAGGAAUACUGUCCGAUCACGAUUGUGCCGUGGGAGACUUGUCAAAAACAUGGACUCCCACUAGAGUGGCGCAUGAAAGUGCUUGGUAGAAAUGAAACACAUCCUGUACUGCGAAUACUGAAUGCAGUCGAGCAAAAAUUGUACAGUCAACGGACGCAUUGGAUGCCAUGCGAUGCAUAUCUGGUUGCUGCGUAUAUAUUGCCAUCCUGUGUAGAGAAGGCACAACUCUACUCGGUAGAUGUGGAGUUGCACGGUGCGCUAACCCGUGGACAGAUGAUACUGCAUCACCAUCAGCAGGGACAGGGCCACGUGCGCAUCAUUGAUGAUAUAAACGAGGAAAUGUUUAAGGAUCUGUGCUUCAAAACGGUAGCGUAAGGUGAAUGAUCAAGAUACAGUAGGAACUAUUGUAUCCAAUCCUAUUUGUUUUUAAUAUGACUCAGCGUGCCUUAUACAGUAGUCGUUGUAACGUUUAAAAUCUCUACAUUUAUUAGCAUUUCCCUGCGUAGUGUUUGUACUAUAGGUGAAAAUAAAACAUUUGCUUUAACUUUAA